UGCAACAAAUUAGUUGUUGAUCAUUCACUUCGAAAGACGGCAAGACUUCGAUUCUAGAGCGCUUUGUAACAAACUAUCGGUUAGAAUAAAAUUGUUUGCAAUGAAAGUGUGGAUUUUUUUGGGCUUUUGUAUGGCCAUGGCCAUGGCUUCCCAACCACCAAUUUCAGGUGGUAUCACAUCAGUGCGUAAUCUUAAAGAAGCUGAAAAGGAAUUGAAUGCAUCCUUGGCCAAGUUAGCUACUGGUGAUGGUCCUCGCUAUAGAUUGGUGAAAAUAUAUUCGGCCACUAGACAAGUGGUCGCUGGCCGCAAGAGCGAAAUCGUAGCUGAUCUUGUGGAUAACAACGGCAAGACCAAGAAGUGCAAUGUGACCAUUUGGUCUCGCCCAUGGUUGCCCGAUGGCAUUGAAGUCACCUUCCGCUGUGAUGGAGAACAAAAGUUGACCAGGAAACAUAGCGCUUAGGCAAAAUCUAAAAAAAA